GUUCGUGUAUACGUGGUAAAACCACAUACAGUGAUAAAAACUCUUGAGAGUAGUUUUAUUGUGUGAUUAUACAUGUAGUAAGUAACAUUUUACCGAUGUAAAGCCGGCGGAAAAAAACCGUUGACCAUAGACCAAAACAGUAUAUGUGUGAACUUCAAGAUGCAUAAAUUCAAGAAGGCUCAAGCGCAAAACAAACUGUCUAUUGAGAAACACUUGGAAGCAAACGCAUCAUUAAAUUCCUCUAGUGAAGAGGAGGAUGAAACCAAUGAGGAAGAUGUCCAAAAUGCAGUGGACAAAAUAUUGUCUGCCUAUCAAGGACAAGGGAUAGAUGCGGAGAAAGUGAUAUCGUAUCUGGUUAAUUCCUUUCAAUCCAGCAGUGCAGUUUGCUUAAUAUGUAUAUCAACUGUCAAGAAAAUAGAUCCGAUAUGGAACUGCAGAAAAUGUUACGCGUUUCUCCAUUUGUCCUGCAUCUUGCACUGGAUAAACGACAGUUUGAGUUAUAAGCGGGCCAAAGGGAUCACCCCGAUCUGGGCAUGCCCUAAGUGUCGCAUGGAGUACGGACAGGAUCAGAUCCCAAGAUCGUACGAAUGUUUCUGCAGGAAGAUUAAGGAUCCUGUGUACCAACCAUGGCUGAUCCCGCACUCGUGCGGCGAGACCUGCGGCAAACUCCUACAGCCGGAAUGCGGCCAUAAGUGUGUAUUGCUCUGCCACCCUGGGCCGUGUCCGCCGUGCGCCAAGAUGGUGCUGGUGAAGUGUUACUGCGGCAAGCUGCCGGCGCAGCCGCGCCGCUGCAACGCGAAGAACUGGUGCUGCGGAAACACGUGCGACAAGAAGUACGAGUCGUGCUCGCACAGUUGCGGCAGCUCGUGCCACACCGGGGAGUGUCCACCGUGCGUGGAAACGGUGUCGUUGAGAUGCCGUUGCGGGAGCAGCCAGAAGGAGGGCAGAUGCCACGAGGGUAUGUGGAUCUGUGAGAAGCCGUGCGGUAGGAAGUUCACCUGCAACGUGCACACCUGCGAGAGUACUUGUCAUCUGCCGGGCGAUUGCGGCAACUGUCCCAUGGAGAAAAACAGGUGCUGCCCGUGCGGGAAGAAACGAUACGACGUCUCCUGCAAGCAGCAGCAAGUGCCGACGUGCGGGGACACCUGCGGCAAGUUGCUGGACUGCGGCUCGCACCGCUGCAACAUGAGAUGCCACACAGACCGGUGCGGCCAGUGCCUGGAGGUGGUGACGAAGGCGUGUCGGUGCGGCAGCUACACAAAGGAGAUCGCCUGCGUGAAGGAGUUCCACUGCAACAAGAAGUGCGGCCAGAUGCGGCUGUGCGGCCGACACCUGUGCAACAGGAAGUGCUGCGACUGCGUCUCGAAGAACGCGUCGAAUCCCUGCGAGAAGACGUGCGGCGAGCCGCUGAACUGCCGCAAGCACAGGUGCGCCGCGCCUUGCCACAGCGGGCCCUGCUACCCGUGCAACAGAACGGACGCGGUGCAGUGCAGAUGCGGCGGCAGCAAGAUCACCGUGCCGUGCGGCACCAGGAAGAGGAUCCGGCCGCCAGCGUGCAACAGGUCUUGCAGGAUACCGCCGAUCUGCCACCACAGCAAGCGAGAGACGCACAAGUGUCACCAGGGCCCGUGUCCGCCGUGCGGGAAGGUCUGCGGCCUGGCGCACAAGAGAUGCGGCCACCAUUGCCCGGCCACCUGCCACACCAAAGUCUGGGUGAAGACGAACGGAGUGAAAGCCAGCGGGCCCUGGGAGAGGCAGCGGGAGGACGUUAUGCGGCUGAAGACCUUGCCGUGCCCGCCCUGCGAGGUCUCCGUGCCUGUGACCUGCCUGGGCGAGCACGAGACUCGCCCUUGGCCCUGCCACGCGUCGAGGCCGACUUCCUGCGGCAGGGUCUGUGGCCGAGCACUGCCGUGCGGGAACCACACCUGCGAAUUGACGUGCCAUCAAGUGGGGGCCAUCGCCGCAGUUCCGUGCAUGGAGUGCGAGAACGAGUGCCUCUUCCCGCGGCCGGAAGGCUGCGCGCACGCGUGCCCGCAACCUUGCCACCCGGCGCCGUGCGAACCGUGCAAGCAACUGGUGCGGCUCCCCUGCCACUGCGGUAUCAGCACCCUUUAUAGGCAUUGCGUCGACCUGACGUCCGGCGAGAAACGCGACGAGUUACUGCGAUGCGGCAACCAGUGCCCGAAAAACUAUCCGUGCGGGCAUCGUUGCGUCAACGACUGCCAUCCGGGAGCGUGCAGGGGUGGGGAGGAGUGCGGUAAGAAAGUCCGAUUGUGGUGCAGAUGCAAGCGGAUCAAGAAAGACUUCCUCUGCUCGCUUAUUCAGAAGAAGCGGAUCGCCGUUGAGUGCGAUGGUGUGUGCGAGUCGUUGAAGAACGAGAAGAACCAAGCGCAGGAGGCGAUGAUCGCGAAGAAACGAGAGGCGGAGGAACUGCGCAAUCGGGAGGAGAUCGAGAAAUUCGAGAAGAAGUUUAAGCCGCGACGGAAGAGGAAGGACAAAUACGACAACUCGAAGCAGUCCCAGGAAAGCACGGUGUACAAGCGUAAAAUCGCGUGGAUUCUAACCAUUAUCAUUGGCCUCGCAGCGAUAGCCUACACGACCGUACCUAAUUUAAGUAUACUUGAGAGCUGAUUACCCGAACUCAUCACGAAUUUACUUCAGUUUUACAAUAACGAGAUCAUCGUUGAUAGGCUAAAGAGGCUCUGUGAUGUAACAACAUGUGUGUGCAGAUACUUGUCAUUAUAGAGUAUUGCAUCAGUUUAGUUCGUACAUUGAUGUUACAUGUCAUUCAAGUACACUGAUAUAUAGUUGAUACUGUCAACAUUAUGCAGUUAAUAGUACUGAUGUUAUAUUAAUACUGUUAAUGACAGUAAUGAUAAUUUCGUGGCGUCUUUUUAUAUAUUUAUAAGCAAUAAGAAGGCCUACUGAUCACAUUUCACAAAGAAACCCGAUUUUUCUUGCGUGAUUUGAAGGCGUGUGGUUUCUAAUACGCUUUUGUGAGUGUAGGAAAAUAUGUAUGCAAUAGAGUUCAGAGAAUAUUAUUUUAAGAAAAAAUAUAAAUCGUAUGGAUUUAACAUACCUUGGAUAUUGUUCAGAAAAAGUGACGUUUGUAACAUAGACAGCAUCAAAUUACAUGUAAGAAAGUAACCUGUUGCUUCCUUGAGGUCAAGUCAAAAAUAAUCUGCACAAAUAUGUAGAUGCGACACUUGCAGAUGAAAAUUAGCGCCCAUAAAACCCUAUGUAUAGUAAAUUUUAAAUCUAUCGCGUACAUUCAGUACCACAACUCCUUACACCGGCAUUCAUAGUCUGAUUUUAUAUUAGAAGGUUGCAUUGAAAACAGCUAUUUUUUUUUAGCAUUUAUUUCAAUAAUCAAAUAUGUGAAUACAUCAAUCAAAGUAUUUGCCCUCAGAAGCUGUAACUUUUUUCCACUUUGGCCGAAAUAGUCUUCUGUGGUAAAAGAACGGAUUUGUCUUUUGAGCCAAUCCAUUCAGGAACCCACUUUCCGACUUCUUUGUAAUUACGGAAGGAUAUUUUUUCCAGAGUGUCUUGCAACGAUGGCUAACCGCUGGCCACGUCCGUAGACUUGGCAGACAACGUAGAAUCCAUUGGAUACGGGAAAACCUCCCAUUCGAGCUCCAUCAGUAUUUGUUCCACAGCUACGUGGAAUUAAGUGUUGUUAUGAAGAAGAAUCACUUUUCGCUCAUCUGAUGCAAGUGAUGGUCGGUAUUGCAUCAAAUUAUCCUUCAAACGCUCAAAUUGUUGUCCGUAAUAUACGUCGGUGACUAUUUUGUCCGGUUUCAACAGCUCAUAAUGUACGAUGCCCUCUCUAUCCCACUAAAUAGAGAGCAUUGUUUUGCCUUUUGGAUUGUCGAGAUGAAUCUAUUUUUCAUUUCCGGCCACGACACGCCACAAGAAUAUCUCCUUGUUUUUCCUUGCGAGCAAAGCAACCGAGAUGUUUAAACGAUUGACAAUAGAGGUCAAUUCAUAUGGCUGCAGUUUUCUUUUUUCCUGGAUCUUUCCCAUGGCUUGCGAAUGUUGUGAAGUGGAAGUGGUUGAUUUAUCGACUUUGAACUGGUGAGCCGAUUCAUUGGGUGUUGGAGGAGGGUAUUUUUCCCAUAGAAGUUGCAGUUGUUCAUCUUCGAACUUUCUCAAUCGAUCUAGUCGUUGAUUGUCGUAAACGUCACAAUCAUCACUUUUGAAUUGUUGGAACCAAAAUCGGCAUUCUACUUCCGAUGAAGCAGAUUCACCAUAAGUUCAAACAAUCGAUGAGUUUCAGUUGCACUAUUUUUCAAAUCAAAAUAGUGUAAAGUUAGACAUUGGAAAAACGUCUUAUCGCGUUUCAUUUUAAUUUGGUUAUAGAAAAGCAGAUGUACAAACAAAGGAUGGCGUCUGUUGGCUGAAUUUUAGUGGGAAAUGUUCACACUUCAAAAUGACAUAAG